CCCUGGCCCAGGUCACACAGUAUUGGUAUCCUGGUGGGUUUCUGACCCCUUACCUGGAAAACCUGGUCUGCUGCAGCACUUCCGUGUUGGUAAGACAGGAGUAGCCGAACUCCGCACAAUGAUCCUGCCUGCCAGACAGGAUUAAACGAGCGCCGCUCUGAGCCUGUGAUACCAUGUGCAGAGCCUGAGACAUUCCAGAUUGGUACAAGGAAGUGUGUGUAGGGUGUUCUGGCUAGGCAAAGACUGCUUUAAAUUACAUAUGGAGGGUGUUGUUUAAGGGGUGAUAUAAACAUUAAAUCAUGUCCAAACUGGGGUUGAUUCAAUAAACUGGAAAAGGUGAAGAACUGAACAAGGUUUUACUCAGUAUUGGCAAAAAAUAAGAUGGACUAAAUUGGAACCCACCCCCGCCCCCAUCCCAUGGAGGUGAGGGUGGGUGGGGGUUAUUCGCUAAACUCAGAAUUUUAACAAAUUAAAUCUAAAUAGAAAAAAAAACUGAGUACAAAGCUUGUGAAUAUAGCUCAGCUUUUUCACACAAAUGCAGAGUUUGAUGAGUAACCAUGUCAAGAUCCAGGGAUCUAAGCAGGUUCCCCAAACGUAAAUUAUUUUGUUUGGGUAAGCAGAUUGGGCUACUAUUUUAGUUCCUGUGGCAAGUAGAUUUUAUUUUUUUUCACAACCCUGAACUGGGGCUACAACCAGCCUCUGGUGUUAAUAAUGAAUUGUGGGUGCCUUUUGCAUUUCAAACGUCAAUAUGCAUUGAAAUCUACAUUGAAAUACAGUGACUGAAACAAUAUAAAGAAAGUGGAAUUCCAGAAUUUGUAUUUUAUGUUUCAUUUAGCUGCCAGAUACGUAAGAUGAAUGGUACAAUAAUCCCAGAGACCCCCAUUGCUGUGGAUUUCUGGCAGAGCAGGAGGUGCAAUCAUGUCCGACUCUUCUUCCUGUCCCAUAUGCACAGUGACCAUACUGUGGGAUUGUCUUCUACCUGGAAGCAUCCUGUGUACUGUUCACCAGUCACUGCAAAGGUCCUCAAACAUAAGCUGCAGGUAGGAGAAAAUCCUGGGGCUCAUUACUUUAUACGUUUUUCCUUUCGCUCUUAUUUCCUAUGCUUUUUACAUCUCCCUAUCAUGGGGUUUGUUUGUUUUUCUCUUCCUGUUUUGAUGUUCUACAUUCUUCUAUAUUAGGUGCAUAUCUGUCAAAUGCACUUUGUGCAACAAUUUAAAAGUAUAGCAAAAAUACAUUUAUGCUUACAGGUUUUGACGAAUCAUAUCUUGCCGUCUCGCAGGUUAAAAGUAGAUGGAUCAAGCCUUUGGAAGUUGGACAGUGUCAUAUGCUGCCUUUGGAUGACAUUGGGAAAGAAACCGUUACUGUUACAUUAAUCGAUGCCAAUCAUUGCCCAGGCUCUGUUAUGUUUCUAUUUGAGGGUUAUUUUGGUACAAUACUAUACACAGGUAAAUGCCCUACACAAGUUAAGUGAAUGUUAGAUAUCUGACAACUUCGAUUUCCAUAACUUAGUUUUCCUAAUACCUAUGGAAAUCAAAAUAGGAGUUCAUAAUCUUACUUUCUUCUCCCAUUUGUUCACCACUCUUCCCUAUUCUUAUGCACUCAUUCUAUACUUCCCCUCCCCCCCCCACACUGUUUUCACUCUACCAUCACCUACCGUGCAUGCACACAGUAUGUCUGUCAAUUUAUUGUGAUAGUGAUGAUAGUAACAGCAAGCUCUGUUUUUCAUCUUGAAUUGUUUUUGUAGUACACUAUAUAUAACCGACAGCAAUUAAAUCUCCUGUAUAGGUGAUUUCCGCUAUAGCCCAUCUAUGCUGGAUUGUCCACCACUAAAAGACAAAAGCAUCAUUGAUGUUUUGUAUUUGGACAAUACAAACUGCGACCCUUUUAUACUGCUCCCCUCUCGUCAGGAAGCAACCGAUCAGAUAAAAGAAAUCAUUGAAAAGCAUCCAGAACAUGAUAUAGUGAUCGGUAAGUAUGCUAGGUCAAGUUAUUUGGCAAUGUUUUCAUAUGAAACAAAACUUAUAUUCCACGAUUUAUAACAAAUAUUGUGCAAGCGCUGUUAUUAUAAUAUUAUAAAGACUUAUAAUUAACCGUUUAACACUGAUAGGGUGUACCUCUGUUGUCAGGCAGAUCUACCAACAUAAUUAGUAAAAGCACUUAAUUAUUUUAAAAUAAAUACACACUUUAAAUUACGUUAUAUUUAUGCACAUAAUUUCAUUCUAAAUAUAUUUUGAGAUAUAUAUAUAUAUAUAUAUAUAUAUAUAUAUAUAUUUUUAAUUAAAAUAUUUAUGUAUCUAAGUGUAGUAUAAUAUCUAAUUUAAUUCUACACAUGUAUGAAUGUAUUAUUUUUAUAUUCAGGGACCUACCUGAUGACUGAGGCAGAAAGUCCAGAUUAUUUAAUAUUCAAGCCCUAUAUUUGACCCGGUAAUUUUCCAAAAUCCUUUAAAGCUUAUACAUGGAGUGUACUGUUGUACUCGUGAGACAUCACAAAACACAAAUAUGAGUUUAUUUAGAGCAUUACAGCAUGUAGUGACGAUUAUAUCACUAGUGAAAGUCCAGUUUUUGUGUGGAAAAAUGCAAAAUAACAUUUUCCUGUCGUGUCAGUACUGAAACAAGUGGGUUGUUUCCUCUUACGUGGACAAGGAGCUCUGUAAAAAUUAAAAUAAUCCCGCCCACUUGCUAAUUAAAGUCAGCUUCCUCCUCCCCUCCACAGUUCAUCUUGUUUCGACAGGACGGACAAGACGCCCCAAAGUCUGGUGAGGCUCACAGGAUGACGCCAGGGAGAUGCAGACAUGAAGCUCCCCGGGAGGUGAGCUGCGAGGUCUUCUUUCCACUAAAUGUUACGUUCCCGGGCGGCCCUCCAAUCUGGAAGCAGGCAAAGUGCCUGCACACAGCAGUGUAGGGCACGGCCAGGUGGCCUUGCGUUCCACUGACGUUCCGAUCAUGCAAAUGCGCAUGCGCGUAUCUGAACUUCGAAUUUUACCACGGAAAUUCAAAGAAAUCAGCAUAUAAAGCUGUGCAGAACCCUACCGACACCAGGGGUGGUCGCCAGUAUCAGUUCAGUGUCACCAGCCCUCCCACAUGGCAGUGAGAUUUUUUGAGUUGAGAUAAGUCUCUACUUUAAAAUGCCUCGUGUUAAUUAUGCUUUUUAGAGUUCCAAGGGGUAUACUCUCGACUUUUUCUCGUCCAAAAAACAGACAAAAGUUUUCGUCCUAUACUUGAUCUCAAGGUAGUAAACGCCUACAUUCCAUACCAAUGUUUCCCUAUGGAAAAUAUCCUUUCAGUAACCCAUAUUCUUCAGCAUGGAGAAUACAUGGCAAAAAUAGAUCUCAAGGAUGCUUAUCUUCAUGUUUCUAUGGCUGUAAGCUCACGACAUCUUGUCAAAAUGGUCCAAAAGAGUAGAAGAUCUGGACAAAGAAAUCUACAUUUCAGCCAGAGUAAAAUAUCAACUGAACUGGUGAAAACAGUCAAGGUUCAUGAAAACAGGUCUUUCAUUCAAGCAAAGAAAUUGGAUCACUAUCAAUACAGAUGCAUCAGUCAGGUUGGGGUGCUCAUCUGGGAUCACUUUUUCGCCUAGGUUCAUGGUCCCCAAAAGAAGCAACUCAGCUUUCCAACUUCAGGGAAAUGAAAGCUGUAUGGAAUGCUCUUCUAGCUUUCAGAUUUAAGAUAAGAAACAAAUUGGUGAGGAUUCAAUGAGACAAUCUCACUACUGUCUUUUACCUAAACCGUCAGGGCGGUACAAAGGUAAAAUCCCUUUUAAAGGCUCCGUGCACAGAUCAUGUAUUAGGUUCAAGUAGAAUUAGAGUCAAUGUCAGCAAUUUGCAUUAACGGAUCAGACAACAUAGUGGCAGACAAUCUGAGCAGGCAAUGCUGGUUACAGACAGAAUGGUUCCUUCAUCCUCAAACAUUCAGGAUCCUAGUUAGAAGGCUUGGUCUACCAGAGAUGAACCUUUAUGGCCACCAGACAGAACGCAAAAGUAAAACAUUUUGCUUCCGUUAUGAAAGAUCUCCCUCUAAUUCAGGAUGGAUUCCCAAUCCUUUGGAAUUUCAAGAUGGUGUACAUCUUCCCUCCAGUGGCAUUAAUUGCUCAGAUUGCUCACCAAAUAUGAGCAGACCAGACAAGGAUUUUAGCAAUGGGCUGAAAUAGUAAAAAAGAAUAAGGUUAAAAGAUAGAAAGAGGGUGCUGCAGUCACCUAUGUGAGUCACAUAAGUGAGAAAUACAAUAAAAGAUAAAUGGUGAGAGAACUCUAAAUAGAAUUGCACAUUACCCCUAUUGCGCACUUUGACCAAUCCUGUAAAUACAAAACAGGGAAAACACACGAUAGGGUGGUAACGUAAAAUUUCUGUGGAACUAAAAUAAUAAAUAGUCACACUCACAUGUUCCUAUUUGUGAGUCAAUUCACAAAUAAAUAGGAAUUUAUAAAUAUAUCUACAGAGUCCACUGUGCAACUGAUCGAACUUGACGCGUUUUAUUUGGUUUUUAUCCAAGCUAUCUUUUAAAGUGUGUCCAAUAAAAUUGUUUACUUGAUAUGCUGCAUCCUGGAAUAUCGGAAUGUAACAGAAACUUGAAGGACCACAGAGGGAAAGAAGCCUGGCAUUUGUCAACCACGUGCAUUCACCUUAUACUCCUUUUAGUCUGAGCCAGCUUUUAUUAAGUGGCUGAUGACCAUGUGAGUUUGACUAAUUAUUAUUUUAGUUACACAGAAAUUUUACGUUACCACCCUAUGUUGUGUUUUCCCUGUUUUGUAUUUACAGGAUUGGUCAAAGUGCUUCUGUAACGGUUUGAUCAAAGUGUUCAAUAGGGGUAAUGUGCAAUUCUAUUUAGAGUGCUCUCACCAUUUAUCUUUUAUUGUAUCUUGGGCUGAAAAGUCAACCUAUAAAACUCCAGGUCCAGAUGGAUUCGGAAAUAGAUUCUAUAAAAUUAUGCAACCUCACUUGAUACAACAUUUAAAAAAUACUUUUAAUUCCGCAGUUAAAAAGGGCAGAUUUCCUGAGGAAAUGCUUAAAGCAAAUAUUUUACCUAUAUUGAAACCUGGGAAAGAUCCUACUAGAGUACAGAGUUAUCGCCCAAUAUCAUUAAUAAAUGUGGAUAUCAAGAUAUUUUCUUCUAUUAUAGCUGGUAGAAUAAAAGAAGUCAUUAAGCAAUUAAUCCACCCUGAUCAAAUAGGUUUUGUACCAGACAGGAUGUCAAGUAACAAUAUGAGACGUGUGAUAAAUGCGUUAGAUUUUUCACAAAAGGAAAAAAGUCCCAUGCUGAUCCUGUCUCUAGAUGCUGAAAAAGCCUUUGACAGGGUCAGCUGGGAUUUUAUGAAGUUUACUUUAGAGGAAUUAGGUAUACAAGGUUGGUUGCUCGAUGCUAUUUUUGCUUUAUAUAAAGAUCUAAAGGCGAGAACUAUUGGCCCUGGUAUAUGUUCAGAUUGGUUCAAACUGAAUAACGGGACUAGACAAGGUUGUCCUUUAUCCCCUUUAUUGUUUAUAUUAACACUAGAGGUUUUAGCUAACAGAAUCAGAAAUAAUGAAAAGAUUAAGGGUGUUACAGCAAAACAGAAAGAAAUGAAAAUAUCCCUUUAUGCCGACGAUACUAUUCUUUUUUUGAAAUCAUCAAGAUCAAUAACAAAUGCAAUGUCAGAAAUUGAUAUAUAUAGUGCAGUAUCAAAUUAUAAAUUAAAUAAAACAAAAUCAACUGCCAUAUAUAUAAUUAUGACAAAGCAAGAAAUAGAUUCUUAUCAAGAAACAUAUGGUUUUAUUAAAGCCAAAAUGUUUUUGUAUUUGGGAAUCAAAAUUUGCAGAAAGGUAGAAAGUAUUAUGAGAAUAAAUUUUAUGGAUCUCCUUAAAGAGACUAACAAGAAUUUGAAAGAAUGGAGAAAAUUAGAAGUAUCUUGGGGAGGAAGAAUAAACAUUUUGAAAUCAUAUGUUCUACCAAAAUGGAUUUACUUGUUCAGAAUGCUUCCGUUAGAAAUUCCGAAUGCAUGGCUGACAAUGAUUAAUAAGGCUUUUUCGGAUUUUGUAUGGCGAGGAAAAAAACCUAGAGUUAAAAAUGGAGUUUUAGCAAGAGGAAUAAAGAAGGGAGGUCUAGGAUUUCCAAAUAUAAGAAAAUAUUAUGAAGCAGGAAUUAUUACGCAUGUUAUGGCUAGUCAAGUGAUACAAAACAAAGAGGAAGUAUGGUGGUGGUUGGAACUAGAUUAUAGCCAACUAAGAAGUAAAUUAGAAGUAGUCUGGAGUACAAAAAACCGUAAUCUAUCCAGAUCGUAUAUUUUAGGACAGAUUAUUCCUAUUUGGCAAAAAAUAAGGAAAAAAAUAGGUUUGGUAAAUAAGAUAUUUGGCUUUCAAAAUUUAGAAAUAAUAGAAUUAAAUAUGGAGAGUAUAUCCUUAAAAUUAUGGAAAGAAAAAGGAAUAAAUACUUUGGAGGAUCUAUUUGAAGGAAAUAAAAUUAAAUCUUAUAAAAAGUUAGUUGAGGAAUUUAAGUUCCCUGACAAAGAUAUUUUUACUUAUUAUAGAGUAAAACAUUACUUGGAGAAAGUAGAGGUAGUAAAAGAAGGUAAGAUGUAUGAUAUUUUAAAAACAAUCUUACAUCAGAAUAAGACAAAGCAAUUGUUCUCCAGAUGUGUUAGAUUGUUGGAUUUAAUGGAUGAUUCUGUUCUGCCCACUGCCAUUAAAAAAUGGAACACUGAAUUAAAAAUAAAUAUUGAAUUAUUUGAAUGGCUAUGUAUGGCACAAAAAAUUAACAAAUAUGUCCACUCCUUUGUAUUGAUAGAAACACAUUUUAAGUUGGUUAAUCAAUGGUAUAUGACGCCAACAAAAAUAGCUAAAUUUGAUGUAUCAAGGGAUAUUAAAUGUUGGAAAUGCAGGGAGGAAAAGGGAAAUUAUAUCCAUAUGUGGUGGUCAUGUAAACAAGUGAUUGUUAUAUGGCGGUGGGCUCAAAUUAUCAUUCAUACAUUGUGUGAUGUUAAAAUGCCUUUAAAACCUGAAGUAAUGUUAUUACAUUAUAAAUGGCCAAAAUUGAAUAAAAUAAAUCAAUUUUUAAUUAUUCAUUGUCUAAUGGCAUGUAAAAUAAUAAUAGCAAGAAAUUGGAAGGGAGAUAUCCCCUUUAACAUAAAAUUAAUAACAAUUCAGUUGGUUUACCAACUAAAAAUGGAGAAAGUUCAUUGCAAACUUUUGAGGGAUGAUUUGAGCCUUUGGGAAAAAUUGGAGAAAAAAUUAUUACAACUGUAAAAGGAAUGUCAUUUGAAAAAGUUGGAAAAAGUUUGAAGUCUGUAGAACUCUCGUGGGGUGGUGGAAAGUUUUUUUUGUGGUUUUUUUUGUCUUUUUUUUUUUUUCUUUUUAUCUGUUUUUAUGUGGAUGAAUGUAUUUUAAUUAUUCUUUUGUAAAAUGUAUUUAUGGUGGAAAAUCUGCUAAUAAAAAGACAAUAAAAAAAAAAGAAAAGUCAUCGGCUUCCCCAGACGUUAUUUGUAAAGCUGCUUCUUGGUCCUCAUUCCACACUUUUAUCAAGCAUUACAUGCU